UGGAGCUUGAAGACAUUGCAUCUUUUGCCAUUUUUGAAAAGCGAAGCUUCUCCAGGUCUAGUUGCUUGCUGUCUGACUCUGUCUCUUGCAUUGGAGUCUUCAGACACUCCUGAUGUCCUGUUUUUAUGACCUACCAGUAGGUUGCUUGUUAUGCGAAGCUACAAACCGGUGUUGGGUUAAUAUGUGAACAGGCUACUGUCUGAGAGCCCAUUUCAAUGACACAUACCAUUUCGCCAGAACAUUGGUGGCUAUUCAGAGUUUCCCAUAGACCAAGUAACAUUGUGUGGUGCUACGGUCAAAAAAAGUGGUCGAGUACAAGUGUUAUGCAUGCACCCCCACUGACAUGGAUCAGUUUGUGGUAUUCGCUUUUUAUUCUGUGGUGCUGCGCCACAGAAUGGUCUACGUAUGGGGAACACUGCUCUUUGACAGUUUAGGUUGACAGAAUGUCAUGUACUUAAAUGACAUGUACUUGACAAUGCCAUGUACUUCAAACAUGCAAAUAAUCCAUUCUGGCAGUCAUCAGUAGCAAAGUGAGAACAGCUUCAGGCUGUAGUGGUGGGGUACUACUGGCUGUAUUUGUAUGUGCGUCCACCCAUUCCAAAUCAGUAGCAGAAUCCGGAUUCCCUUGUACAGCACGACUGCUGUUUCUUAUUGCAGUCUCUGGGGUAUUUGACGCUUUCCAGCUGCAACCCUGUCUCCUGAUUGUUUAGUCAUUACGCAUUGAUGUGUGGCGUCAUCGAGGUUUCUCUAGCGAGUAUAGCGCUCUCUUUAAAAUGACAGGUCGAGAGGGAGAGUGGGAGUAGAAUGGUGAUCCCACCCCGAACGAGCUUGCGUAGCGUCCCGUCGCACUUCUGUGCUGCCUGCCUGUCGCAUCGGGUCAACACGUCUGCCGCCCCCUCGACUCACUGACUGAGGUCUCUCCAGCUCCCGUUGCGUGCGUCUUCUAGCUACACACAAGGCAGCUACGACACAGGCGCUCACUACUCGUGAAUAGGUGUUUGUGUAAUAUAACCUGCUGCGUGACUGAAAUGGAUAACAAAAGGGAUGUUGUACAGCGAGGGGAGAACGGUCAUAUUGUGCUGCGCAGUGGUAGUGCCAUAUCUGGAGGUGAAUUAACGGACGCGUCUGGGAGCCCCGUUCGAGGUGAGCCCCAGCUGAAGGCUUUUAAGGGGGCGGCUUGCUCCAGUCCCAAAUCCCCGUCUUACACGCAGAGUGGAUCAGAGGCUGUCGUGAUGGAGGGACCGAGGAACGGGACGUACGGAGAUACAAGGCCAGCAAGCAAGCCAUCACCUCUCAUCAUCGCUGACAAACCGGAACGUCCCAACAAAGAGGCAACCAGCUCAAGCGAGGAGUCUGACUUCUAUGAAGAGAUAGAUGUCAGCUGCACUGCUGACGGCAUGGACUACCCUGACAAGCCAGGGAAAGAUGUCGACAUGUCAAUUCACAACACCGACAAUGGCAUGACCACUGGAAAGAUGAACUCAAGCCCCACUAACUUGCCUUACGGAGCUGACCAAAUGCGACGGUACCGAACAGCUUUCACGCGGGAGCAGAUAGCUCGGCUGGAAAAAGAAUUCUACCGGGAGAAUUAUGUCUCGAGACCACGGAGGUGUGAGCUCGCAGCAUCCUUGAAUCUUCCGGAGACAACAAUCAAGGUUUGGUUCCAGAACCGCAGGAUGAAGGACAAGCGACAGCGUCUCGCCAUGACGUGGCCGCAUCCUGCUGACCCGGCCUUCUACACCUACAUGAUGGGCCACGCUGCAGCCAACCUGCCUUACCCCUUCCCUUCACACCUGCCUCUCCCCUACUACUCUCCUCUUGGUGGCGUGGGCACCACCACCCCCUCCGCCACGUCUCCGUUCGCUGCCCCCCUGCGCUCUCUGGACAGCUUUCGCAUGCUCGCUCACCCUUACCCACGACCGGACCUGUUCUGCUUCCGUCACCCAUCCGUGUAUUCCAGCACGGGCUCGAGCCACGCACUGGGCCCCUCCGACACCCCGUGCAACUGCUUGGCGUGCCACGGCACGAGCGGGCAAAACAAUGGUCUUCCUCAGCGGCCUCGCAGCCUGGACUUCACGUGCUCCUCCACGAGCAGGACUGACUCCUUUCUGACGUUUUCACCCGCUGUUUUGAGCAAGUCAUCAUCCGUGUCUCUGGACCAGAGAGAAGAAGUGCCUCUAACAAGAUGAAAGUAGUUGACUUAUGGCGUCAUUUGUUUUAUUAUUUAACAUGGACAAUUGCAAAGCAGACCUCAUUAAUUAGGCUACGCUGCGCACAAGGACAUUUUAUUAUGUAUUUGAAAUGGGCUGGUGUCAUAUUGAAAGCAUGGAAGAAGCUGGAUACUGCUGGGCAGCUGGCAAGAGAACAGUGUGUUGCAUCAAAAAAAUAUAAGCCUGCAGGGCUACAUAUCUAUAUAGUUUCAUAGGCUAGAUAGUAGAUUGACUGCACA